UACCCCCACCCUCCACCCCCAACACAAAGCGAUUCGGGCUCCCAAGGCUUCUGCCCGUCAAGCCUGGGAGGUGAGGAGUGGUUAAAAGUCAGCCCUCACCUCCAGCCGGUCCCGGCUCCGCGGCGCCCAAGCCCCGCCCCCGCCCGCCCUUCCCCCACGGCCUCGGCACGCCAGCCCCUCUCCCCUCUCCCAAUCGGGCGCACCCACCCCAGAUGCCGCCUGGCACCGAGCGCAGCCGCCGCCGCCACCGCCGCCGCAGCCGCAGCACUUUCCACUUGUAUUGAUCACUUCCCGGGCCCGCUGAGCCUGCUCGCCGCAGCGGAGCGCGGCCAGCGCGCCAGCCCUUGGCAGCCCCGGAGCACUCAGGCUCCGGGAGGCAACUCCUUGCGAGCGCCCUGUCCGGGGUGCCCUCUGCGCUCUGCAGUGUCUUUCUCUCUGUCUGGGAGCAGAAGCAGGAGGAGGAGGAGAAGGAGGAGGAGGAGGAGGAGGAGGAGGACGUCUGGUCCGGGCUGGGAGGUGGAGCAGCGGCAGCCGCCACCGCCGGAAAGGGAGAGGCAGGAGAGACCGAGACUUGGAAACCCCAAAGUACCCGCGACCCUGCACGGCAGGCUCCCUUCCAGCUUCAUGGGCAAAGUGUGGAAACAGCAGAUGUACCCUCAGUACGCCACCUACUACUACCCCCAGUAUCUUCAAGCGAAGCAGUCUCUGGUCCCAGCCCACCCCAUGGCCCCUCCCAGCCCCAGCACCACCAGCAGUAAUAACAACAGUAGUAGCAGUAGCAACUCAGGAUGGGAUCAGCUAAGCAAAACGAACCUCUAUAUCCGGGGGCUGCCUCCCAACACCACAGACCAGGACCUGGUGAAGCUGUGUCAGCCAUAUGGGAAAAUUGUUUCCACGAAGGCAAUUUUGGAUAAGACAACGAACAAAUGCAAAGGUUAUGGUUUUGUCGACUUUGACAGUCCUGCAGCAGCUCAGAAGGCUGUGUCUGCCCUGAAGGCAAGUGGGGUUCAAGCUCAAAUGGCAAAGCAACAGGAACAAGAUCCUACCAACUUGUAUAUUUCUAAUUUGCCACUGUCCAUGGAUGAGCAAGAACUUGAAAAUAUGCUAAAACCAUUUGGACAAGUUAUUUCUACAAGGAUACUACGCGAUUCCAGUGGGACAAGUCGUGGUGUUGGCUUUGCUAGGAUGGAAUCAACAGAAAAGUGCGAAGCCGUUAUUGGUCAUUUUAAUGGAAAAUUCAUUAAGACACCACCCGGAGUUUCUGCUCCUACAGAACCUUUAUUGUGUAAGUUUGCGGAUGGAGGACAGAAGAAGAGACAGAACCCAAACAAAUACAUCCCUAAUGGACGACCGUGGCAUAGAGAAGGAGAGGCUGGAAUGACACUUACUUAUGACCCAACCACGGCUGCUAUACAGAACGGAUUUUAUCCUUCACCGUACAGUAUUGCUACCAACCGAAUGAUCACUCAAACUUCUAUCACACCCUAUAUUGCGUCUCCUGUAUCUGCCUACCAGGUGCAAAGCCCUUCUUGGAUGCAGCCGCAACCAUAUAUCCUACAGCACCCCGGUGCCGUGUUAACUCCCUCAAUGGAGCACACCAUGUCACUACAGCCCGCAUCUAUGAUCAGCCCUCUGGCCCAGCAGAUGAGUCAUCUGUCACUAGGCAGCACCGGAACAUACAUGCCUGCCACGUCAGCUGUGCAGGGGGCCUACUUGCCACAGUAUACACACGUGCAGACGCCGGCGGUUCCUGUGGAGGAGGCGAGUGGUCAGCAGCAGGUGGCUGUAGAGACGUCUAAUGACCAUUCUCCAUAUACCUUUCAACCCAAUAAGUAACUGUGAGGUGUACAGAAGGGUGUGCUUAAAUGAAGAAGGUUGUGAAGGCUGAACAAUCAUGGAUUUUUCUGAUCAAUUGUGCUUUAGGAAAUUAUUGACAGUUUUGCACAGGUUCUUGAAAACGUUAUUUAUAAUGAAAUCAACUAAAACUAUUUUUGCUAUAAGUUCUAUAAGGUGCAUAAAACCCUUAAAUUCAUCUAGUAGCUGUUCCCCUGAACAGGUUUAUUUUAGUAAAAAAAAAAAAAAAAAAAAAAAAAAAAACCAACAAAAUACAAAAAGAUUUUUAUCAAAUGUUAUGAUGCAAAAAAAGAAAAAAAAAAAGAAAAAAGGAAAAAAAAAAAAAGAAAAAGAAAACUUCAAUUCUCUGGGUAUGCACAAAGACCAUGAAGACUUACCCAAGUGCAUGACCGGAUUCUUGUGGUUUUGUUCAUUUUGUGUUUCGUUUGUGUUUUUUUCAGCUGUAUGAAAUGGGCUUUCUGAUGUUUAAAUAGUCCAACUUCACCCCUGGUGUUCUGUGCUUGCAGUGUGAGUGUUGCCGCCAGUGUCUCUUUUCUUAGCUUUCCAUUUUCCUUUCCACGUAGUGUGAAGUGUCUUAUCCUUUUCUAUGAAUUCCAAUUUGCCUUAACUCUUUUGAUGCUGUAGCUGUUUCAGUAAAAGUUAGUUCAAACUAAUGAUGUAGAAUGCUUUGACCAAAUGGGCUGGUCUAUUAUGCCUUGUAAAACAGCAGCAUAGGGCUUUUAAAAGGUAGUCAAUAAAAGUUGCUGAAAUUUUGGCUUUUUUAAAUAUGUAGUAGGUGUUUUUAAUGAUUUUUUCACAUAAUGUGUAAGGUAGUGAAAUGCAAGAAGGGAAAACUGUUUUGUGUGAAACACAUUUUCUGACUGGGGAACUUUUAAUAGGGUAAAUUGUUUGUAAGGCUGUACGCCAAGAGUUUCCUCUGAUAGUUUGACUGAUUUAGGAUAUCUGCUGUAUGAUGCAAUGUAAAGUCUUUUUUGCCUUUUUUUCAGGAAAAAAAAAAAACAACUAACUUGAUGUUCUAGAUUUAGUGUAGGUAGCGUAGGGGCAGGGGGUGGGGGGAGGGGAGGGAGUCACCGAAUGUUUUGUCCUUCCUUUAUACUAACGAUAGUGCUUUAGAAUGAGAAUGACGCCUGAGAUCUGGCAAACCGAAAAAAAACACAAAUGUUGCUAUUGCAACGAAAUGGCAAAAGCUAAAAGUAAGGAUUUAUCUUCAAACAUAAGCUGAGAUAUGAAUAGAAGCAAAACGAUUGGCUACUAGCUCUCUCUAUCACGUAAAUUUGAGAAACAAAAAUUACUUGGCACUUUUAAAGGUAACUUCACCAAAGACCGAAGAGCCAGUAACCAGUAGCUCCAACUUGUCUCAGCAUCACAUCUUCUGUGCUCUUUAUUUUUGCCGGACCAGUUUGCGGUUAGGAGAAUGUGCCUUUUUUGUACCUUUGGAUUUAGGUUUUAUAAUUUUAAUUGAUGUAUGGACACACACAAACAAACAAAAAAGCAUGAAGGAAGAUUUGGAUCCAAGCAGUGCCACACUUUACGUCAUCACUACAAGUGUUAAGUGUAAAGAAAAACCAAUUUUGAAACUAUGAAAUUCCUGAUUCAUAAAUACACAGUUAUUUCUACUUUAGUACAUAUAAGAUAAUUCACUGUUAUUAAAGCUCUUUUAUUAAGACAAUUGCAUACGUUUGAAAAGCAAUGGUAAAUUAAGUUGUCUUCCAAAACUGUGUACUUGUCUGGUCAACUGUGUGUGAUCAGUUAUCUACCUCAGAGUCUAUUUUCUUUUGUGCUGGGACAGGUUGCUGGCCCUCCCUGUUUCCACAGACCAAAUCCUUCCUAGCUCAGGAGCUAGGCCUAAGCAGUUAUUUCUUUCGAGUAUUUUUUAGUUCUUAAAAUUUAUGCUUGUGUUUGAUUAUAGAUGUCAGUGACAUUUCAUAGUUUCAAAAGUCCUUGCUGCUCUGAGAAGUGUAGAUUCUAGUGAAAAUUACAUAGUCAUAAGAGAAGUGUGUUUUUGUUUUUGUUUUUGUUUCCUUUUUUAAAGUUGUGGUAUUAUUGGUUCUAUGCUCCCUGGAAUAUUACUGCUUCGUGAAAGUCCAGACUGAACGCAGCACCCUCUUUGUACCUAGUACAUUAUAAACCUGGGUCUCUCACUA